UUGGAAGUUUGGAUGCAUAUGAUCACAACCACCAUGAUUUUUAUGAUCCUUGGUGCUUCUGUUGUAAUGGCGAUAGCGUGUUUAAUGGACAUGAACGCGCUGCUGGACCGCUUUCACAACUACAUCCUACCGCAUUUACGAGGGGAGGACCGCGUCUGCCACUGCAACUGUGGAAGGCACCACGUGCAUUAUGUAAUUCCAUAUGAUGGGGACCAUUCAUUGGUGGACUCAUCAGAGAACUACUUUGUGAGUGACAGUGUGACCAAACAGGAGAUGGACCUCAUGCUGGGGCUGUUGCUGGGCUUCUGCAUCAGCUGGCUAUUGCUGUGGUUGGAUGGAGCGUUACACUGUGCAGUGCGGGCCUGGAGAGCCAGCCGCUACUAUGACACACCGUCUUGGUCCUGGCUCCCACAGUUCUGCAACUUGCGGGAUCUCCGUAGACGUACACAAUUACGACAGCUGGAAGACUCCAGUGGAAACAUGGUGCAUAUCAAGCAAAAGCUUUAUCAUAACGGUCAUCCCAGCCCCCGUCACCUUUGACUCUGAACCACACUACCCCCAUAACUGUCCCAUUACUAAAUGCUGCCUCAGAGACCCUCUUCAAC